GCGCCGGUAUUUCCUGUCACAGGCUCUCAGACAGCUGGACAGUUUGGGGAUGUUUAUACCCGUAAGUCAGCGUGUGUUCUGACUCUCUCCCAGUGAAGUUGUUUUCGUAGUUCUAUUCCCCUCUUCGUUUGUGCUCGAGAGACACAAAACAGCAGCAGGAGCUGUGCGGAAGGAGAAGGGUGGGGGGGAAAAAAAGGCUUCGGGGAAAAGAUUGCUCUCCCGUGCCUGGGAGGAGAGACAUUCUCCGAGUGAACAUCCCCCAGCAGCUGCUGCUGCUGCUCCUCCUCAGGCGAGCUCCACCGUCCACCCACCGCCCCGCUCUGUCCUUUCAAACCGGCGACAUGGCCCUAGCUUCGUGCGGGAGAUGUGUCUCUGGGAACUUUUCGCGGUCUGAGAGUCAGCUUAAGGAGAGAAGUGAGAUUUGAAGAGGAGCUCGCAGCUGGCUGAAGCUUUCUUUAUGCGUUGAUCCCUGUGAGAUGCCUUCCAUGUUGCAAGAGAAAACUCAUGCGGUGAAGGAGGAUCAUGUGUUACGGCGCAGGUUUUCACUCUGUACUGGAUUGGCAACACCACAGAAAAUCGACCCUCGCAAGUUGACUCGAAACUCUUCUUUUGGAGGUUACAAUGGGAUUUGUCCUUUGACCCCAGACUCUGAAAUGGAAAAGAAUGGAUUUUCAGCUCUUACCGAUGAAGUCACUUCUACGCCCAUCUCCAGCAGUAAGUCUGAUUCAAAGUUGUACAACGGCUAUAACAAAGACUGUGUAUCCCACAUCUCUAAACUCACCAAGAAAGAAUCUUUGAAGGUUCAGAAGAAAAAUUACAGACAGGAGAAGAAAAGGGCCAGCAAGGAGAUGCUCAGUGCUUUGAAGGAUCCUUCUGUGGUUGUGAUGGAGGAUUGGCUGAAGAUCCGAGGCACUUUGAAGAGCUGGACCAAAUUCUGGUGUGUGCUCAAACCUGGUCUUCUGUUAAUUUACAAAACACCCAACAAUGGCCAGUGGGUGGGGACCAUCCUUCUCAACACCUGCGAGCUCAUUGAAAGACCCUCCAAAAAGGAUGGCUUCUGUUUCAAACUAUUCCAUCCUCUGGAUCAAUCCAUCUGGGCAGUAAAGGGUCCAAAAGGUGAGAAUGUGGGAUCAAUAACACAGCCACUGCCCAGUAGUUACCUGAUCUUCCGAGCUGCCUCUGAGUCAGAUGGUCGAUGUUGGAUGGAUGCUCUGGAAUUAGCUCUGCGAUGUUCGAGUCUUCUCAAACGCAGCACAGUUAAGGAUGGUGAUCUGAACAACUCAAUGGAUGCAACUCACUCAGGACUGUACAGUUUACUACGAAGCUUCAGUCCCACUCACCAGGAAUGCUUCCAUUCAAGCGACGCUGAAUUGGCGAACCACGUUCAGUACAAAGAUGUUGACAUGUACUCUGACAAAUCUGACCGAGAGAAUGAUCCUCACCAUGAUGGGCUGGAAAAUGACACGAUUGACAAGAGCAGCAGGAGUGAGGAAAGUGACACAGACCUGUCCGAAAUCCAGGGGGAGAUGAGUAGGAAGGACCCGCCAGAGACGACUUACAUAGUAGAAGAUUCAGAGGACUUUGGAGAAAUUGGUGAAACAACUCAGGCUGAAACUGUGACCGAAGAAAACAAGAGUUUGAUGUGGACGGUGUUGAAGCAACUUCGACCUGGAAUGGAUCUAUCUCGUGUCGUAUUACCAACAUUUAUCCUGGAGCCUCGAUCAUUCCUGGACAAAUUGUCUGACUACUACUACCACGCUGACCUACUGUCUCAAGCUGCUCUGGAAGAUGAUGCAUACAGUCGCAUGAAACAGGUUCUGCGUUGGUACCUGUCUGGGUUUUACAAGAAACCAAAGGGUCUGAAAAAACCAUACAAUCCUAUUCUGGGAGAGACUUUCCGCUGCUAUUGGUGCCACCCAAAAACUGACAGUCGGACGUUCUAUAUUGCAGAACAGGUAUCCCAUCAUCCCCCUAUCUCUGCCUUUUACAUCAGUAACAGGAAGGACAAUUUCUGUAUUAGUGGUUCCAUCCUAGCUCGCUCCAAAUUUUAUGGGAAUUCAAUGUCUGCCAUAUUGGAUGGGAAAGCACAGCUGCAAUUCCUUAACAGACAUGAGGACUACAUUAUCACCAUGCCAUAUGCACACUGUAAAGGGCUUUUGUAUGGAGCACUAACUCUAGAGAUGGGAGGGAAGAUAACCAUUGAGUGUGAAAAAACUCAGUACAAAGCAGAGCUUGAAUUCAAACUGAAGCCUUUCCUGGGAGGCAGUGAUGCUGUGAACCAGAUUGUGGGAAAGAUAACAUUGGGAGAGGAGACACAGGCCACACUUGAGGGGCACUGGGAUCGGGAUGUGUAUAUCCAUGAAAAGAAUGCUGGAUUCUCUGCUAAAUUCUGGAGUGUCACCAGUGAGAUUCGAAAACAGCGUCUAGCGCGGCAUGUUGUAUGUUUGGAGGAGCAGGACGACUUUGAGUCUGAAAGGUUGUGGCAGCAAGUGACGAGAGCAAUAAAGAACCGUGAUCAGGAACAGGCGACACUGGAGAAAUUUAUUUUGGAGGAAGCACAACGCAAAGCUGCCAAAGAACGUAAUGAUAAGCAUGAGGAAUGGGUGUCACGACUAUUCCAGCAGGAUGUGGUGACAAAGACCUGGCGGUAUAAAUUCACAGAUGUCAGUCCCUGGGAUCCAACAAAUGACAUUCAUCAAUUUGAAAAGGAUGGAAUCAUCCAGACGAACAUCCACCACAAAUCAAUAACAUUCAAGUCAACAGAUGUGAUCAGCAACAGCAGUCAAACUAGACGGCAGGGCUCUGUUCAGGAAUAUAUUGGGUGCAAAACCAGUGAUUGCCCGGCCCCAAAAGGGUCACAGAACACAGAGAGUAGUUGUUCGACACCAGAACCAGUACAAGAUGAUUCAUCCGAUGAGGGGUUGCUGUGUUCCAGCUGUAGAAAGGGAAUGAAUGAGCUCAAAGAUAUUCAUGCGGCCAUCCAAUCGAUACAGAAGACACAACAAGAAAUUCGCAGGAACGUUGCUACACUGAAAUGGCAAGCCUGUCAUCAACAGAACAUGUCACGGAUAGGGCUCCUGAACCCCUACUACUGGCUGGUCAUCUGUGUACUUGUAUCAUUCCAAUUAAUUAUCAAUUAUUUUUAUGGGUGAACAAAUGACUGCCUGUUCAAUGACCACUUUGAAAGUGUUGAAGACUGUUAACAGGAUUCUAUUGAGAAUGAUUGCAGAAUUCCAUGGUGUAAAAUGGAUUACCAAGGCAACCAUAUAUUAAACAUCUGAGGAGAGAGAUCGCUGGUGGGGUGGGGGGUGGGGGGGAAUUGCUUUGUUCAAUUGCAUCCAGGGUGGGAGCUUAACUGUGGUCAUUAUUCCUACACAGUCACCUCCAAGGACCACCAACCCUAACCUAGGCCUUAACGCUGAAGCCAAAUAUGACUUUUCAGAUGUGCAAUUUUUUUCCUUCUCCUUUCUUCUUGAUCUUUCUAAUCCAACAACAAUUUAGAAAACUUCCUCUCAACAGUAUUUAUAAACGGAGUAUAUGGUAAUAUUUGUGGUGUUCAAUUUGUAUACUGUUCUGAAUAUGAAUUUAGACACCGUCCAUGAAUGUGACAGACUCCUUCUGUCUGACCUACUUGUAUAGCAGUCUAUACUCAAAACAGCAAUGUAGAAUAUAUUUUGCACAUUUGUGAAUCUUGCUCUAAACUUUAGCACUAAGUAAGAUGUUCUUGAGCAGAAAGCUGUAAAGGAUUACUAUAGGUUUGAAAAGAAAUGCCUCCAGGAUGGCAAGAACCUAUAGGCACCAUCUGCUACUUUUCUCCUUGUGGGCUCAAUAAAAUAUCACAUCUGUGUAACAUUCUAUGAAUGAAAUGCACAAUAAUGUAAUCAGGUGCAAAUAAAUAAAACAACAUUUUUUAAACC